AAUGAAUUGUUCAACUAAUUAGAAAAAAAAGAUGUUCAUAGUGUUGAAAGGAUAAACAUGCCUUUAAUACUCAGUUCAUGAAUUUGGUAGGAAUCUGUUUUCAUUACAGGUUUCAAAAUUCUCAAAAGAAAAGUUUGACAAUUGGUGCAUCCGAAUGAAGGCAAUAUUCAGUGCACAUGAUGUGUGGGAAAUUGUUGAGAAUGGAUAUGAUGCUUCUCAAGACAUAAGUGCUCUUACACAAGCACAAAAAGAUCAGUUUAAUUGCACCAAGAAAAAGGAUCAGAAGGCCAUCUCUCUCAUUCACCAAGCAUUGGAUGAAGUUACCUUUAAGAAGGUUUCUAAUGCCAGAACACCAAAGCAGUUGUGGGAGAUGCUUCAAGCUGCAUGUAAAGGAAAAGACAAGGCAAAGAAGUUUGAGAGCAGGUUCUACAAUCAAAACUUUCUGUGGAUGAUAGAGAACAAAAAGGAGGCACGAGUCAAGGAGGACGACGUUGAGGCCAUGGACGCGGUCGUGGUCGAGGACUUGGAAGAGGAGGAAGAAGUGCCCCAAAAUACUAACCAAAGCAAAGAUGAAAAUUCUCAGUUCACCUCUUCGAGAGACCAUGGCAGAGGAGGAUCAAAGCCAUAUCAGAAGAGAUUUGGCAACAAUGAUGUGAAAGCUAAUUUCUCUCAAGAUGGAGAUAAGGAAGUUAAUGAAGAGGUGGAGACAACUCUCUUGUUGGCCAGCAAAGAAAUGAAGAAUGAAGAAAAGCACGCUUGGUAACUUGGAGCAAGCAACCACAUGUGUGGAAACAAAGAAUUAUUUGUGAAGCUUGAUGAGAAAGUUGGCGGCAACAUCACCUUUGGAGAUUGAGUCCUCAAAAACACCAGGUAUCAUUAUGUACGCUAGAGUGUCGAAGACAAAGUAAUGCAGCUAACUUUUGUGAAAUCUCAUGAUCAGAUGGCAGACAUCCUUACGAAGGAUCUCAAGUUUGAUGAUUUUAAGAAAUUUAGAAGCUUUCUCAGAGUUGGCAGAAGUCAUGUUUAAAGGUGGGUGUUGAAAGGGUAAACAUGGCUUUAAUACUCAGUUCAUGUAUUUGGUAGGAAUAAUCUUUAUAAUAAUGUAUCUAGGAGAAUGGGAUUCAUGUAUAGGAGUUAAUCUGGAGGGAAGAACCAGUGUUUAUGACUUACCUAUAAAUACCCAUGUAAGUUCUCAUUUUCAAUAAAAAGUCAAUUCAAAG